CCUUUUGCCAGAAUGCUUCGCAUAUGGCGGAUGUCGGGACAGGAGCUGCCGGCAGUCAGCAUAGAGGGGAUCUCGGUUGUGCGAGACUUGAAAGCUUCCCUGUGCAGUCUUCACGGCUUCCCCUUGUGCAUGCAACAGUUGCUGCACAAUGGCAACGGGCUAGACGAUUCCACAAAGCUAGAUGCCCCGAUCGACCUGCAACUAGUCCUUCUUGCUCUUUCCACGAAGGCGCAGCAGUGUGAGGCUGCCAACGAGCUUUGCGAGUCUUGCCUCAAAGGUGACUUGAACAUCGUGCGGCUUCUUUUGGAAGCUGGUGCCAACAAAAAUGCCACAGAUCCUGAGAACCGCACAGCCCUCAUGCUCGCAGCUGAGACUGGCCACCUGGAGAUAACACGGCUGCUUUUGGAAGCAGGUGCGGACAAAGACCUGAAGACUGCCUUGUGCACGACAGCCCUCAUGGUCGCAGCUCAGAAAGGCCACGUGGAGAUUGCGCGGCUGCUUUUGGACGCUGGCGCUAACAAAGACCUGCCGGGUGGCUGCUGGGGCUACACAGCCCUCAUGAUGGCA